GAGGCAUAACAAGGUCAAGAUUAAUGGGAUGAAGUAGGUACAGAUGGGAAAACACGACCUGGCCCCGAGAGGGCUGGGAGGUGCUUGGAUUUCCGCCAGGCUCUCCCUGAUCGGAAUAUACAGCCUGGCCCCCACCUCGCUCUCUUUGCGGCUCUUUUCGCAGCUGUGCCUGGUGAAGCCCGGCAGGCUUGGGCCAGGACUCACAAGACCGUCCCUGUUCCGCCGGCACCAUGAAGCCUGUGCUGCCUGCACAGUUCCUGCUGGCGCUGGGGCUGGUGCUGCAGCUGGUGCUGGGGAGGCCCAAGGAGCACAUUCAGAAGUAUAUCUUGGAACCUCCACCCUGCAAAUCGGAACCUGAAAACUGUACCUACUUGUGUACACUGCAGGAAGAUUGCGAGAAAGGACUUCAGUGCUGUUCCUCCUUCUGUGGGAUAGUCUGUUCAUCAAACAAAGCUCAAAGAUACAGAAGGUAA